GAGAGGUUGCUAUUAGGGUGUGUGUGUGUGUGUGUGUGUGUGUGUGUGUGUGUGUGUGUGUGUGUGUGUGUGUGUGUGAGGGGCUCACCGUAGAGAGGGAGGUGUCAGCCGCGGGUGCGCCACGGUAGCCUACACAAACAUCCUUGAGUAAACAUUUCGACCUCUUGGGGGACCAGCGUGGUCCAGCUCUCUCUCUCUCUCUCUCAUCUUGCCUCUUGAAGAGCCGCUGUCGACCUGCCCCGAGUCCUCACCAGGGCCUCGCGAGCUCUAGUGUAUAAUCUGUUUCUGUACACACAAUGUGUACAGGAAUUUGGAGUGCAUCGAUAAGAGACAAAUAGCUACUGUUUACAGUGAAGUGAUGUUGUAUUUUGCGAUAGCUGCCACAGUGACAAGCACCGACACGCUCAUCUGAUUGAAUAGUUCGGGGAGAAAAACAACAAAAUUAGACGUAAUUAUUACUCAAGGAAAAAUGAAUAUGGAUGACGUGAAUGGGGCCAAAUAUGCCCUGAGGACUAAGUCAAUCAUCAAGAGAAUAGAGUCGGAGAAGAACAGAGCGACGUCGAAGAGGAGAGAGCCCAAGGAGAAGCAGAAACCUCCGCCGCUCAGCAAGUACCGACGCAAGACGGCCAACGCCCGCGAGAGGAACAGAAUGAAGGAAAUCAACGACGCCUUCGUCACGCUGCAGAAGGCCAUUCCAGACCUUCCCGGAGCCGACGCCGAGAAGCUGACGAAGAUCACGGUCUUGCGGCUCGCCGUGAAUUAUAUCAACGCCCUGGCAGGUGUGCUCAACGAAGAGGCAUUCGGCCCGAAGGAUAUUGACGGCGUGCGGAAAGUUUGGUGUAUAGAGAACGCUCACAUGGCGCGGCCGGAGCACUGUGUACGACCGGUCAUUACAACGUGCAAAAUGCCCGCCAGUAACAUGGGCAAGAGUACUAAGUGUUGUGCUACCAACAAACCUCAUAACAAAGUGUCCAAGCCUAAGUGCUCCUUAGUGCCGAAAAUGAACGAUAAUAAGUGUAAAAAUAUGAUCGGUGGGAAAGUACCGACCAAGCGGCCAAACAAAUCGAAAAGUAAAACCAAAAUAUGUAAAACAGCGAGUAUAGCGACCAGCAACGGCGCGUAUAUCACCCUCAAGAACGUGGCCCUCCAGACCCCGCCGCACAGGCUCGGCAGAUACGCCAACAAUGAACCACUGAUGAUGUCCAUGACGGUCAAGAGACCGAGAAUGGAGCAUUUAUCAGGGCCUCGAGAGGCCAAAAUGCCUCGCCUAGUACCUCUAAUGCCCAUGGUGGCUGUCAAUCAGCCCCUGCUGGCCCUCACGCCCUACGCCACGGAUUUCCUGCACGUGCCUGCCUCCAUACCCGGCCACGACACCCCUGAGCCGAUGGUGGGCGCCACGCCCUUCACACCACGACGACCAUCCAACCUCAACACGUCGUCUUUCUUCACUCAGAGCGACAACAUUUCCGUCAAUGUCAUUCAAGAACUCGACAGUCCAGUCGUUCGGAAUGACGUGCUGCUUGAGUUCCCGCGAAGUGGAAGACACUUGAGCGAUUCUUCGAGUGGCGAUUCAGCCUUCUCCAGCGAAGGCUCCUUCCCUCCUAGUCCCAUAAUGGGACCCGUCUUCACGACCCCCGUCCCAGUACCCGUAGGGGACAGCUCUCCUACCUUCUCAGUCACCUCCAGCGACUUCUCUGGUUGCGGGUCGGCGUCGGACUGCGAGAGUGCGCUAGCGGCGCCCGGAGAACUCUGCAACCUGCUGGGGGAUGAGCCCUUCGAGGACGAGCUUGACCACCUGACUCUAACGUUCGCCGAGGGUGACGACACGCUCAAUCUCUUCCUCGCUCACACGUCCUCGAACUUCAUCUGCCCCGAUAUUGAUGAAUGUUAGGAAGGUGGAGUUUAGAAACGGCUUUAAUGUACAAACGUGAUUCGGAAAGGCCAGAAAAAGGCUAUAUAACUACCGGUGAUCAGAAAGCCAUUAUGGUGGACGACUACCCUAUAAUGCACGGGUGGUUACCGGUGUCGAAUACCGGUAAGACACAAAAGAUAACUGCGGUGGGCCGUACGGAUAGCCACCGGCAGUAUGUCGAUAACUGCCGGUGAUUGUGCGGAUGACUAACAGGAAGGUAGUCAGUCACGAGUGGUGGGUGAAGAUGUGGAUGAUAGAGCCAUGUGUGUCUCACAGGAGCACCUGAAAUGGCUCUAUCCGCGUUAGAAACUUGGAUUGAUAUCUUGCAACAUCCCCCACACCUGGUCAUGUGUCCAAACUAUGAUUACUAUGUAAUAACUCCCCAGGUAUUCUACGCAAGUUUGUAAACUACAGAGAACAUUGCAUUUGUAACUAAAAGAUAAUGUAAUGGAUAUACGUAAACUAAGUAUAGAAAUAUACAUAUCAACCUUUUGUGUUCACAUUUUGUAAAUACGAUGUUUUUUUUAAAUAAUUUUGUAAAUAAAAUGUUUUUUUUUUCAAUACUUUUGUAUAUAAGAAUUUUUUUUGGCUUUGAUGUAAAUAAAACGACGUUCAUUUUC